ACCAGAACCAGCUUCCAUGCCAAGAACCAGCCUAAACAAACACACAAAUCCCAUGCCGAGGAAACAAAAUCAGAUUAUUGUUCAACCACAAGAGAUUGGAAAAGGCUCAAAAGUCCUGAGAGCAGUUUCUUCAAGACUCCAUGUUCAAAUAUCAGGCCAAGUUACACAAAACCCACCAAUUAAAGAAAAUAUCCACUCAUCUGGAAAGACUCAUGCCAAUUGGUUCACUUCAAUUUACUUUCCAGCAAAAAUGAGAAAAUUUGAACACAAAUACUCUAAAAGAAGCAGGCCUAAUAUUCAGUAGCCAAAGUCAAGAGUCAUACAGCAAAAGAGGUACGCUAGCAGGUAAAAUUUCACAACACAGAUCAAAAAACACAGUAAAAUACCCCAACAAUUGACUUAAACACAAACCAUAUAGAUCAAGAGAUCGAGAGAGAGGGGUUCACCGGAGAACAGCACGGAGAGGCUAAAGACAACAGCGAGAAUGGGACGAAGAAGAAGAAAGACAAAGUAAUCCCAAUUGGAGGUGAAAACUGAGUCACCGGCAAAAGACUCCAUCUUGGAUCUCGCCGGAGAAUGGUUGUUUCGAACUCACGAAAGGCAACUGUCAUCGUAAAAAAGAUGCUAUGAAGGCGUAAACCGCGACUUUUCCAAUGUUAAAAGUAACUAACACUUUCUUGUCAAAAGUAAAAAUAAAAAGUAUAAAAUGAAAUUGGGAAUUGGGCUUCGCGGGUGUAGAACGCGGAACCUCUCGCACCUAAACGACAAGUAGAACUUAAAACCCUCGUAAGUUCAUCGAUUUGAGGGUUUUUCUCUAUCGGGGGGCGAAAAUGGCGAGAAAUGCUCUGCUUCAUCUGCUUCGAUCUCAAUCGUCAACAAGCUUCCGUUCAGGUCAUCCUCUCCUGGCCAGAGCUGGUCAACGCGCCCAUCCCAUCACCCCUAACAACAUUUUCCUCCAAACCCGAUUCUUAUCCCAGCCAGACGAAUCCAAAAUUUCAAUUGGGCCACGCAAAGAGUCGCACGUUGAAGAUGAAGAGCCCGGUAUCGUGUACCACGGGCCCAUAUCAAACACAAUCAAGAAAGUAAAACUCCUCUCCCUCUCCACUUGCUGCCUCUCGGUCUCUCUAGGCCCCGUCAUCACCUUCAUGACUUCCCCUGACAUGAACGUCAUCCUGAAAGGGGCCGUGGCCUCAACAGUCAUUUUCUUGAGCGCCUCGACCACAGCUGCACUCCACUGGUUCGUGAGCCCGUACGUGCACCGGCUGAGGUGGCGCCCAGGGUCGGACGAAUUUGAGGUUGAGAUGAUGACGUGGCUUGCCACGUACGCACCCAGGACCAUCAAGUUUGCGGACAUUAGGCCACCCGAGACAAACCGCCCCUUUGUGUCGUUCAAGGCCAAUGGGGAUUUCUACUUUGUGGAUGCCGAGCACUGUCAUAACAAGGCCUUGCUGGCGAAGCUGACCCCUUCGAAGCAAGGGCGCGAGUCGGCUUUUAAGAACUUGUGAUGGUGUUUGUUGAGAAAUUUAUGAAAUGUUAUGUGUUCUNGGAAACUUUGCUUAUGCAAUAAUGUGAUUUUGUUUUGGGAAUUGAGUUGGUUCAAUCUUUGAU